ACCACUUGGGCGGGCCUUUUAGCUCCUUCUCAUAUCGUAAGUGACUUUGGUUUCUCUGCCACAAGCGAACAAGGGGUAAGAAGCUGAGACUUCCUAGGUGUUCCAGGGACCUGCCCUGGAAUUAGCCCUGUGCCAGCAGUUCAGACAUCCCAGUUGUGCCCAGUCCAGCACAGAACAGCGGAGCCUUCUCAGUCCCAGGCUCACCCUCACUGGCCAGCCAUGCCCCAGCAACUCUCUGCAGUGGUGGUGCUCUUCAUGUUCCUGACUGUUAUCUUGCAUGAGGGCCAUCAAAUGAGAGCAAAAGCAUUUCCAGAAAGCAGACACCAUCUUCAGUUCACCGCAGCGGCAAAAGGACAGGCCACAGCAAAGCCAACAAACCCAGGGACUCACAAAACUGUGGCAGCAAAAUGGAUGGAUGGUCACAUCACCCUGCCAAGAGCUGUCCAAAACUCCAACUCUGAGAACCUGAGAAACACAACAAUGAAAACUCCAACUGCUACUCAAGUAACGACAAAAAGUGACCCUUCUGCCAGCCCAGUGAUCCUCACCCUGGCCACACCCAACAAGUCACACCCAGUUACAGAAGCCACCAUCAGUCCCACCUCGGCUCAUUCACCAUCACCCAUCAAACCACCAGCCUCUACAGCUGGAACCAGUCUAUCCACUGUCAGCCACACAACUGGGAAAACCAUCCAACCCAGUAAACAGACCCCCCUCCCCAAAACUUUGUCUAUGGCACCACACAAAAGCACAACCAGUCAGACGCCUAGUCCACCCACCCAUGCCCCAGGUACAUCCACAGGGUCACACAAUGUCACCCAAACAAUCCCACCUGCCACCAUAGUUCCUGGGCCCACCCUCGCACCUCAGCCAGCGCCAGCCGAGACCGGAACUUAUCAAGUUCUAAACGGAACCAGGCUCUGUAUCAAAGCAGAGAUGGGGAUACAGCUGAUUGUUCAAGAAAAGGAGUCGGUUUUUUCACCUCAGAGAUACUUCAAUAUUGACCCCAAUGCAACCCAAGCCUCUGGGAACUGUGGCUCCCGAAAAUCCAGCCUUCUCUUGAAUUUCAAGGGUGGAUCUGUGAAUCUAACGUUUACCAAGGAAGAAAAUUCAUAUUAUAUCAGUGAAGUGGAAGCCUAUUUGACCGUCUCAAAUCCAGAGAAAGUUUACAAAGGCGUGAAACGUGCCGUGGUGAUGUUCGAGACAGUGGUUGGGCAUUCCUUCAAGUGUGUGAGUGAACAGAGCCUCCAGCUGUCUCCCCAGCUUCAGCUGAAAACAAUGAAUGUCCAACUUCAAGCCUUCGACUUCGAAGGAGACCACUUUGGAAAUGUGGAUGAGUGUUCAUCUGACUACACAAUUGUGCUUCCUGUGAUUGGGGCCAUCGUGGUUGGCCUCUGCCUUGUGGGUAUGUGUGUCUAUACAAUCCGCCUAAGGCGUCAAUCAUCUGGAUACCAGAGACUCUAAUUGGUGCCCAAGGGAAAUGAAAAUAAUGGAGGUUAGAGAAUUCUUUCAUCAUUUCCUGGAUGUUGGGGGCUUAACUUAGGAUGGGGUUCUUCCAAUGAUGUAAACCACCAUCUUCCUCCAAAACCAAGUCAACUAUUUGUGAUUUAAGUUCAAGCAGCACGUUUUCUAAAUAUUUCACAAUUUCUAAAUAUUGCUCAUCUCAUGACUUAGUUAUUUAAGAGUAUUUUCUACCUUUCUUCAGAAUAUUGUAACUAACAACAAUUAAGAUAUAUUGAAUCAACAUAAUCAUGUGAAGUGGCAUGUGCCCCCAAAUUAUAAACAAAAGUGUUGAUUGUAAUUAAUGCUACCUGUGUUUGCAUUGAGAAUUUUAUUUUACCCUUGAUCUUUUCCAUGUAAAAAAUUGCUUUUGCUUUGUCUAUCAAAUGGACUUUCAGUGCUUUUACCAUCUGUGUUUAUUUGAUGUACAUAUGCAUUAUGGUACUUACCUCUUUUUCCAGUUUAAAUUUUCAAAAAAAUAAUCAAAAAAGAAUAACAUACCUCAGGUUGUCUAGGGUUUUUUUUUAUCUUUUAAUUUUUUACAUACUGCAUUUUGAUUC